AUUUUGCAAUUACAAGAAAGCUUUAUUGUGAUUAGUAAAUUUUUGUUUAUUAGAACAAGUCUUAAGUAUCUGACAGUUUUGUCAAAAUUUGCCGUAGCCUGAUCCACAAGUUUCAGUCAACAAUGAAAGAAAAAAUACCGAAAGAAUUUUAUUUGGAUGAAAACCUCAGUUUUUUAAAAUAAUGUGAACCAGUUUUAAGGUGGAAAAAUCAAGAAUUGAUGCUUUUUUAACCUCCUUUGCACCAUGGAAGUGCAGGCAGCAAAUCACGUCAAAAACAGAGAAUGGACCCAGGCAUUAGAAAUUUAUAAUAAAUUAUUACAAAAACACAGUAACGGUGAAGAACAACUAUUUUCUUAUUGCUUGGACCGUUCAGAAUGUUUUUACCAAUUGGGCCACCAUGAAAGGGUCAUAAACGAUUGCAAGCACAUUUUGAAGUCUUUCAAUGGCAAAUACAACAGUACAAAUGAACCUCGAACAAGAAUCCAACUUAUUCGUUCCUUAUUUGCACUAAAUCGUCUUGCAGAAGCAGAAAUGGUCAUCAAAGACUGGUUAAUGAUAGUCAAACAGUUGAAUGAAAUUGGAGAUGAGCGAAUCUUUCUUGAAAACGCACUGGAACGUUUCUUCACUCUGAAUUCAAAGCAAAGUCUCGAACCUUGGCUAAGUAACUUAAACAAAAGUGUUUCCAAAAGUCAGUCUCAAAAGAAACUGGACAAAAAUCAAGCGGUUUUUUGCAUUUAUUGCAAUCUUUCUUUUAAAGAUAGAGCAGAACUGACGGCACAUUGCUUGACUCAGGAACAUGAAACUAUGAUUAUGUCGGAUGAAGGUCAUGAUUGGUAUUGGAGAGCUCCACCAAGAGGCUUUAAGUCAGAUGCUUACACUCUUUGCGAAAAUUGGAAGGAGUUAGGGACUUGUAGGUUUGGGCUGCAGUGUGUUGAAGCCCAUGGAGAAGGUGAACUGUAUGAGUGGAAGGAACGAUUCCAGUAUAGGGAGAUGAAAAUGUUGAGGGCGAAAGAAAAAGAACUCUAUGGCAAAUCUUACACAGAAAAUCUCCUUGAAAAGUGGGUCCAGACUCCAAACAGCAACGCCGUUAUGUCCGAAAAAAUCGUCAAUGUUGAAGAUGCUUGUUCUUGUCCUCUCUCAGCGACAGUCUCCUCUAAAAACAGCAAUUAUUCUUGGAAAUUUACAAUGAAAACCAACCAACCUUUGAAAGCUGUAGCUCUCCUUCAAGACACUCACCGGAACCACUUUAACUUAUUCCAAAUAAUCAUAGGAAGCGUGGAACAAGACAUAAAAAAUAACCAAGAAUUUUUAGCAAACGAACAGGAAGCUGUCGCCGAGUACCACAUCGUUGUUGCUUUCCAAACAACCAUUUUUGGUACUUUCCGACAGUCAGUUGUUUUUGAUUUUGGUUCAGAACCGGUUUUGGUGAAACACUUGUGCGUAGAUGUGGUACCUGAUUCAGAUAUCGACAAAAUUAACGAAAUAAGAAAAGAGAUAACGCUUUCCAUGUCUGAGAGGUGGACAAAAGCCAAUUCUGAAAUAGUCCCGUUUUUUUCGACUUUAGUUUCAAUCGGAUCUAACCAUCAAUGGGAGAAAAAUCUUUUGAUAAUGUAUCCCUACCCUCAAAUUGAGAAUUUUGUUUUAUCCAAUGCUACCGUUUCCGAGAAAAAGUUAACGAGGAAUAAUUAUCGGGAAAGAAUGCACGAAUUGCUUUUCGUUGAAGAGAUCGCAAGAACGAAUUUAAUAUCUCAGUAUAAUUUGACUACAAGACUCCAAAUAGCACAUAGUUAUCUGUUGUCCCCAAAUAGCAUGGCCGCAAGUACGGCUAAAUAUUCAGGAAAUGGGGAAUUAUUCGCUUCUGUUUGUUUAGGAAAAGAGUUGUCCGAGGAUACGGCGGAGGGUCGCUUGAUCCUAAUGUAUUGCAACUCCGUUUAUUUGCUUCCAAACCCUUCGGAAAAUCGAUCUGUGCGUAGAAUCUAUGAAGCCAUCAUCGAAGAUAAAGGAAAAGAUAUGAUUUAUUUAAGGCUUUCCGCUGAUACUGUUAAAGAACUAAAUUUAACAACUGACACAGACUUGGAAGUUCAAAUUCAAUUCCAAUUAAACCGCGUUCCGUACUGCGAGUGGCACUACACAAUCGAUAAAAUUCGAAAUUAUAAAUUAAUCUUUCCUGAUAUUUUUGUUGAACCAAAUAUCCCAUGGUCGCCGUCAAGACAGUGGUCAUCGUCGUUGGAUAGCCGUUUGAAUUUGAAGCAGAAGGAGGCUGUGGUUGCGAUAACGACACCGAUUCAUGUUAAAAUCCCCCCGAUUUUGGUGAUUGGGCCUUUCGGUACUGGCAAAACGUUCACUUUGGCUCAAGCGGUUAAGGAAUUGAUUAAGGAUGAGAGCAACAAGAUUUUGUUGUGUACGCAUUCGAAUAGCGCCGCUGAUUUGUAUAUUAAGGAUUAUUUGGAUGUUUGGGUCGAGAGUGGGAUUGAGAAUGCGAGACCGUUGAGAAUCUACUACCAGAAGAGAUGGGUGGCGACUGUCAGUCCGGUGGUUCAGAAGUACUGCAGUAUAAAAACCAUCGGUAAUUCCCGCGAAUUCCAACUUCCAACACUCGAAGACGUGGAAAAACACAAAAUCGUCGUAGUAACCCUCUCAACAUCCGUCUAUUUAUCAACGAUGGGAUUAUUACCCGGCAGCUUCACGCACAUUUUAUUAGACGAAGCGGCCCAAGCACUCGAAUGCGAAACGAUAACUCCUCUAGCAUUAGCAACAGAAAAUACACGAAUCGUUCUAGCCGGCGAUCACAUGCAAUUAGGACCCGACAUCUUCUCGAAUUUCGCAAAAGAACGCAAUUUGCAUAUUUCUCUUCUCGAGCGAUUAUAUGAUCACUAUCCCGCCCAAUUUCCAUGUAAAAUACUACUCUGUGAAAAUUACAGAGCCCACGAAGUCAUAAUCCAGUUCACUUCCGAAUCCUUCUACGACCAAAAACUAGUUUCAAGUAGCAAACAACCGAAACAUUUUCGUUUUUAUCCUCUUACGUUCUUUACAACACGGGGCGAGGACGUCCAAGAUAAAAACUCAACGGCGUUUUAUAACAAUUCGGAGGUUUAUGAAGUAGUAGAGAGAGUCGCCGAGCUUAAACGGAAUUGGCCUCCAGAGUGGGGCGAAAUCAACGAGCAAUCGGUUGGGAUAGUCACCCCGUAUUCAGAUCAAGUGUUCAGGAUACGUUCCGAGUUGAGAAAACGGAAAAUCGAUGUUUGUGUGGAACGAGUUUUGAACGUUCAAGGGAAACAGUUUAGGGCCAUUAUCUUAUCCACGGUACGGACGAGAAGGACUUGUACCAACAACAAGGGGGACAGUGAGGUGGAUUAUGGAUUCUUAUCAAACUCAAAACUGCUGAAUACUGCGAUUACGAGAGCUCAAAGUUUGGUCGCAGUAGUAGGCGACCCGAUUGCCUUAUGUUCCCUGGGGAGAUGUAGCAAAGUUUGGGAGCGUUUCUUACAGAUCUGUAACGAUAACGGGAGUCUUUACGGCAUCACGUGGACACAACUCAAAUUCCAAUUGGACGGAAUCGAACUGAAAAAAGUCUAUACUCUGAACCCUCUAGCCCCCGAGUUUAUUCCCAGAAAAUACAAAGAAAUGAUGCAAGAAAACGUCCGAAUAACGAAUUUUAAUUUGCCCCACCCUAAAAUAGUACCGACCUUUCCCAAUGUCCAAAAUAAUAUAAGGGUGGUACCUAUGUUGUAUCAACAGAGGCCUGCAAUGACUCUUUCAGCCCCCUAUGUCCUAAAUUUACCAACGACACAGUCGAUACCUGUCGCAAAUGGUUAUCGACCAUUACGAAUUAUUAACCCACACGAAGUCCCACUAGUGGCUACGCCAAGACAAGUACCAGUAACUCAUAUUAACGUACCAACUCCUCCGGUACCAACAAUCCAGAAAAAUUCAGCAUCUAGCACAAAACUGAUACAAUUUAUGAAUAAUGUUCACUUCCCUGAAGCCCAAAUGUUGAAUGAUUGUAUAAGUUUGCUACCCCAACAUAUGUCACUGACUGAUAUGAUUUUGCAGCCCCCUAGUGUACAGGAACGGUGGUACAAUUACUUGAGGGUCUCUGCGGGUCUCGAGGCUGCAGAAAAAUUUAAGUAUUUGCUUCAUACUAUCAAUCAGAAGGGGACUAGAAUUGCUGAUAAUAAUGUGUUAGGGAGGACAACUCCACACUCAUCUUCAGAUUCGCCGACUUUUAAUUGGUACGAUAGCCCUUCCAAUCAGAUUAAUUUUAAUAAACCGAUUUAUAUGAAAGAAGUUGAGACUAGUAAUUGGCCAGAUUGUAACAAGUCAAAUCCGUUGUAUAAGCGACAGAGUCAACAAAAUCGUGUUAAGGACUCCUCAAGUCAAAAUGGGGUGAACAAAAUGAAGGAAACUGAUGUUCAGAGACAUGUCAAUGAAGAUUUUGCCAAUAUGAGUAUUACUACCACCAGUAAUGAUGACUGGUAUGAAGUCUUUAAAGCAUUUAGUGUUGAACAAAGCCGUACUAGCAGACCACUCAAUAAUUCGUCAAAUACGACCGGAUUUUACAAUUAUUUUUAGUAAAAUCUUUUGUAUAUUGUACAUAUAGCUAAUUGUCGUUGUUACGUGUUUCAUUGUAGAUACAGUUUAAGAAAGAGCUUUUUUUACGAUAUUUAUAAGGAUUCUAUAAAAUAAUAGUAUUGGUUCUA